AUGGACGCGCCUGGCGCGACGGAGCCAGAGGGUGGAGUUCGCUCUGAAGAGCUGUCCGAUGCGGCAUCUUCUAUGCAAGAGACGGAUUCCCAGCGCAAUCGCUCCGCACAUGUACACGACGGUAGCGACCGCGAUUCAGAGACUCAGGACGAGGAUGUGGAACACGAGGGCAGCGCGGAAGAAGACGAGGAGGACGAUGAUGAACCGCAUCUUAAGUAUGCACACUUGACCAAGCAUCUUGGUGGAGUCUAUCGCAACGGAGAUGCAACCAGCUCCUUUCUCGCAGCCGCAGAUAAGAUGCACGUACUAUCAAUACCUCUAUUACACUCCCUUCGCGUCUACCACGCCCAUUCUGCGAGCAUAACAUGCAUUUCGAUCUCGCCAUACCCACCUCCACUCCCUACCUUACGAGCCGAGAAUCUCAGCAGAGUAACUGAAGACCAAGGCUUCUCGGCGCCGUCCUCCAGCGGGGGAAGCAUCCGAGGUCAAUCGAGAACGAGUCACCAGUCCACUCUCCCUGCAACCCCGUCAAAUUCCAUAUAUAUUGCGACGUCGUCGAUCGAUGGGAAUGUUUGUGUUGCAUCUUUGGUCGAUCCGAAAGAUGUCCUUUUGCGUAACUUUGGGCGACCAGUCCAGGCUGUCGCCUUGUCCCCGGAUUACAAGAGCGACAGGACUUUCUUGUCGGGAGGACGCGCUGGCGACUUAAUCCUCACUACUGGAGGAAGAGUCGGCGUAAGCACGAAUUCGACGACAAUGGGAGGUGCCGCAGCCGCAGCUACAAGCUGGCUGGGUUCGAUAGGCCUCGGCGCAAACACGGGCAAGGACACCGUAUUACAUAGUGGCGAGGGGGCCAUCAGCACAAUUAAAUGGUCACUGUCAGGAAAAUAUGUGGUAUGGGUCAAUGAGGAGGGAAUCAAGAUCAUGCGUUCAAACUUGCGCCUGGAAUCUUCCGACACAGAACUCGCCUGGAAACGAAUCAGCCAUAUCGACCGGCCUAACCGGCCUGGAUGGGAGGAAAUGGCUAGUGUUUGGAAGGCUCGCGCUGAAUGGGUUGAUCAAAUCGCUUUGAGCAAUGACGACUCUCCUCACAGCAAGUCGGGUGCUCAUCAUGGCGGUCCGACCAGGAUCCCACCAGUCAUCCAGGAGGAGAAUGUUGAAAAGCUGGUAGUCGGUUGGGGAGGAACAGUCUGGGUGAUCAACGUAUACCCUGACCGGCCGAACAAGAACAUUAAAAACCACAAUAUUGGGUCUGUGGAGGUUUCCACCAUACUACGGACUGAUUGUGUUAUAUCUGGCAUUUCGCUAUAUACGCCGAAUCUUUUGGUUGUCCUUGGCUAUAUUGAGGCAGACAAUGAUGCCUCAGAGGAGGAGAUGUCGAAACUAGGUCUUCGCCCAGGAAUGCGCCGCCGCCCACGGGGACUGGAGCCUGAGCUUCGCAUAAUCGAUAUCGACACCAAGGAAGAGAUUAGCGCCGAUACCCUUUCGGUUAGUCGAUACCAGACGCUCACUUCUUCAGACUACCACAUGUGCGUGCUUCCUCCUUGGAAGGCGAACGUCCCAGUGCACCAACGUGGAGCGCUGGAGAGUCUAGGAACUGGAUUCUGGGACGCGACCAUGUAUCCUGCGCGACUUUUUAGCUCCGGCGCAAGCAUCCGCAGUACGACAAGCAGUGGCGAUAAAGGUUCUAGCAAAGCACCUAGCAUGUAUGCUUCACGGAGGAUACCUACUGAGGAACCACUAUCCAAGGAAGUGCAGGAUGUUGCAAAGAGUGUCGGGGCCAAGAUAUUCAUGCACAGCCCUUAUGACUGCGUUGCGGCCCUGAAACGAGAUCUUUCAGAUCGACUCGCAUGGCUGGACGAGCAUGAACAGUACGAGGACGCUUGGAAGCUUCUUGACGAGCAUCCAGAAGCCGCAGGCCCUGGGAACGGGAACGAUGCCAACGACAGCAUUGCCGGCACUCCCGGAAAGUCUCAAAGUAGCUUGGGUGAUUUCUUUGCUGAUGACAGGUCGUCCAUGACAACCACUGGCCGGGGGACCACUUCUGCGGCGGAAUAUGAAAAGCGCCGUAUCGGUGAGCUCUGGAUUGAGCAGCUCGUUGAUGCCGAUAAAUGGGAGGAAGCUGCAGGGGUAUGUGCGAAGGCCGUCAAUACCACACCGCGGUGGGAACACUGGAUCGACACUUUCAUCAAGAAUGACAAGGUAGAUGAAAUAUCCACUGUUAUUCCUGUUGAUUUACACCCGCCACUGCCUUCGAACCUCUAUGAAACCAUUCUCAAGCAUUAUGUUUCUCGGGACCGAUCGAAGUUCAAUGGACUGCUUGAAUCGUGGCCAUUCGACCUUUUCGACGUCGAUAACGUGACAGAAAUCAUUGACAAUGAAUUGCGAUUUAGCGCAGUCGAACCCGACAGCGAUGACUGGCGCCUCUUGACGAAGUGUCUCGCUAAGCUGUAUCUUGCAGGGGGCCAUUACGGCGAAGCUCUUCGCUGUUAUAUCCGGCUGCAGGAUGCAGAUACAGCAAUGACUCUGAUUAGAGAUCAUCGCCUCCUGGAUACUCUGUCCGAUGACAUUCCAGCAUUCAUCAUGAUUCGAGUAUCCAAGGAACAGAUGAAGUCUGCACCCGUGUCUGAACUUGAAGAGGUCACCGCAGAGCCGAUUAAACUCCUUGUCAGCGAAGCCUACACUGGUAUCGUGCGUCCCGACACGGUGGUCGAGCAACUGAAAACGGCAAACAGACUCCUCUUCCUGUACUUUUACCUCCGAGCUCUUUGGCGUGGAGAGUCCCUUCCUCAUGGUGCCGCGAAACCGCGCCGCGGCCACGGCGCCCACAUCCGCGACGCAGCAAACAAGCUGGCCGCAGACGAAGGAAAAGCCCUGGUCGACAAUUUCGCCGACACUGCCGCGGAAUUAUUUGCCGAUUACGACCGUCCUCUCCUGAUGGAGUUCCUCCAAACCAGCAUCGCCUACUCCUUCGACUCGGCCGUUACCAUCUGCGAAAACCGCCACUUCACCCCGGAGCUCAUCUACCUCCUCUCCAAAACCGGACAGACCAAACGGGCUCUGAACCUGAUCCUCUCCGACCUCAAGGACGUCUCGCAGGCUAUCUCCUUCGCCAAAUCGCAGGAUGACCCCGACCUGUGGGAAGACCUUCUGGACUACUCGAUGGAUAAACCGCGGUUUAUCCACGGCCUCCUGGUCGAAGCCGGCACGUCCAUCGACCCCAUCAAGCUGGUCCGACGGAUCCCCAGCGGUCUGGAAAUCGAGGGUCUGAGAGAGGGGCUCACCCGUCUGAUCCGGGAACACGACCUGCAGGCCAGCAUCAGCCAAGGCGCCGCCAAAGUCCUACAGAGCGAAGUCGCCGUUGGCAUGGAUGCCUUGCGCCAGGGCCAGCGCCGCGGGAUCAAGUUUAACAUCGUCGAGGACGCCACGUCGCCGACAUCCGAUGGCUUCAAAGACGAGACAAAGGACGAUACCGCCUCGGAAAAGACAUCUGCACCAUCUCCAUCCCGCGCAUCGACCGCGUCGCGCGCCGGAACUUGUGCCGGCUGUCAUCAUUCUUUUCACGCGAAUGAGAAGGAGAUCCUCGUCGGAUUUGCCUGCGGCCAUAUCUUCCAUCUUUCACAUGUUCAUCCGACCGAAUCCCCUACAUCCACCCCCGAAAGCCGCUCGGCUGCUCAGACUCCCAGACCACUUCCUCCCUCUCGCACCCCCACACUCGAUGACUUGUCCCUCUCCACGUCUAAAACAGUCGGUCCAAAGGUGACGACUGCGCGACUGCUGCGGGAUCGGAUCGGGGACGGGUGCCGGAUCUGCGCGUUGGGAAAGGAUCUUGACGCCAUAGGGGAGACGGAGACAUGA